GAUCGAUUUGGAAGUUUGGACAGCAGAGGCAGCUUUUGCGUUGGCUUUCGGCGUUUUUAUGGGGUGCUGUGACGAUGAUGCAUGAAAGAUGCUAGCGAUCCUCUGCUACGCUUCCCGUUGUUUCUAGUCGGGCUGCUGCUGGCCUUGUAUGCGCCGGUAGCUCCGCCUCCUAAUCUUCGAGUCUUCACCACCUCUUCUUCCCUCCGCUGCUACUACAACAACAUCAUCCUCACUAAGACGGCGACCAAAAACCUCUUAUAGUAGUCAUAACCGCACAGCCGCUAAGAUCAAUAUAAAUUGCUCCGUCGAGAUCGAAGAUUUGCACAGCGUCAUGUCUAAGGCUCGUGUCUACGCUGACGUUAAUGUUCUCCGCCCCAAGGAGUAUUGGGAUUACGAGUCUCUCACCGUUCAGUGGGGAGACCAGGAUGAUUAUGAGGUUGUUCGGAAAGUUGGGAGAGGAAAAUACAGUGAAGUUUUUGAAGGAAUAAAUGUCACCAGUAAUGAGCGGUGCAUCAUCAAGAUCCUCAAGCCUGUCAAGAAAAAGAAGAUAAAAAGAGAAAUUAAAAUACUUCAAAACCUUUGUGGAGGCCCUAAUAUUGUGAAGCUGCUUGAUAUUGUCAGAGAUCAGCAUUCGAAAACUCCUAGCUUAAUAUUUGAAUAUGUGAACAGCACAGAUUUCAAAAUUUUGUAUCCCACACUGACGGAUUAUGACAUACGCUACUACAUAUAUGAGCUUCUCAAGGCGCUAGACUACUGCCAUUCACAAGGUAUCAUGCAUAGAGAUGUCAAGCCUCACAAUGUUAUGAUUGACCAUGAGCUGAGAAAACUUCGCCUGAUAGAUUGGGGUCUUGCUGAAUUCUAUCAUCCUGGCAAGGAAUACAAUGUUCGUGUAGCUUCAAGAUACUUUAAAGGGCCUGAGCUCCUUGUCGAUUUGCAAGACUAUGACUACUCCUUGGACAUGUGGAGCCUUGGUUGCAUGUUUGCAGGAAUGAUAUUUCGCAAGGAGCCAUUCUUUUAUGGCCAUGACAACCAUGACCAGCUUGUCAAAAUUGCCAAGGUACUUGGGACAGACGAACUAAAUGCAUAUCUAAACAAAUACCAAUUAGAGCUUGAUCCUCAGCUUGAUGCUCUUGUGGGGAGGCACAGCAGAAAGCCCUGGUCCAAAUUUAUUAAUGUGGAUAAUCAGCAUCUAGUUUCACCGGAGGCCAUUGAUUUUCUUGAUAAGCUCCUCCGCUAUGAUCAUCAGGACAGGCUUACUGCGAGGGAAGCAAUGGCCCAUCCGUAUUUCUUUCAAGUGAAAGCUGCGGAAAAUAGCAGGAUGAGGACACAGUAACCCUGCCACAUGUGAGCGGGUACCUGAA